AUGAGCAAAAUUGCACUUGUUUUAGUUGAUAUUCAAAACGAUUUCCUUGAAGGGGGAUCACUGGCAGUGGCUGAUUCAAAUAGCAUCUUGCAACCUGUGAAUAGUCUCAUCAAGCAAGUGAAAGCACAAGGUGGGUUGAUUGUAGCUUCCAAGGAUUGGCAUCCACAGAAUCACAUCAGUUUUGCGUCAAACCAUGCCGAUAAACAGGUAUUCGAGACCAAGGAAAUUGAGUACGAAGGCGUCAAGCAGACACAAGUGAUGUGGCCGGAUCACUGCGUGCAACACUCAUUUGGCUCAGAGCUAUCCAAGCAAAUGGAUGAAAAAGAUAUUGAUUUCAUUGUUCACAAAGGCAUGAAUGAACGUGUUGAUUCGUACAGCGCCUUUGCCGAUAACAAUUACUCGGAAAUCACACGUUUGGCCAAGAUAUUGUAUCAGCACCACGUUGAAACUGUGAUUGUCGUUGGGCUUGCUGCUGAUUAUUGUGUGAAAUGGACUUGUCUGGAUGCAAUCAAGUUUGGCUUCAAAACAGUUCUCGUAAAAGACUGUACAAAACCCGUUGAUCCACAGCAGUUUGAGUGUACUCUGUCUGAAUUGAAAACAAAAGGUGUAUCGAUUCAGCAUUACUCUGACACUUUUUGUUAA